UCCAGUGCCCGUCUACCCUGACUGGUUGCGUACUUGCCUCUUCCCCACCCCCUUAUUAUGUGUCUACAGCGGUGGUGGUUCUCAUUCUGUGGUCCAGCUCCCCCCUCCAGUGGUAACCCCCUGUGCGUCCCAGGGUUACGGGGGAGCCGGUGCCUAUUUCCAGUAGUCUAUGGGCGAGAGGCAGGGUACAUCCUGGACAAGUCACCAGUACAAUUUCACUCGGGAGCCAAAGAUAGCCAACAGCACCAGCCGUGUAGACUACAGGCCCCACUGGGACUUUAAGCCAGACGUGUUUGAGAGAAGAUCUGCCCUGAUGAGAGCUGAGGUUUGGUUCAUCCUAUGUCAGUUUGUUAGUCACUCCGCUGGGCCACUGCCUAUGUGUCCCAUGGGUUUUACCUGCAUGUGUUACGGAUAUCCUGCUUUGAAAUUUACAGCCGGAGAAAGAUUGUUACUGACUUUAGGUAAUGGGCUCAUUCAAGCAUGGGAUCAUCAUCUGAGGCGCCCCUCCAGACUACAGUCAUGGAGGGAAGUCACCCAGCCAUUUGUUUUCCCUCAUAUUUGUGCCUCAGAUCUCAGUACAUUUCUGCCAAAUUGAUUUUUCUAAAACUAGUGGGACGGAUGUCUGCAGGAAGAUGUUGAGCAAUUGCUGUAUGUGCAUGACCUAAAAUGCUAAAAGCAAAGUUUUUUCUUUUUCUGUGCUAAAUAAAAACAAUCCAGAGGAAGCUUAUUAUUUCUAACAGUGACAAGGACCUGUACACUUGUAACCCUAGCACUGUAUUUCCUAUUACUAAAAUGUUCCAAAAAGGUAUUUGAAUUAGA